UGAUAAUAUAGAAACUGAUAUUUUUGAAGCAACGUCACAUUUAGAGAAUCAAGGAUAUCAGGUUAAUCAUUUUCGUGUAUCCUCGCACUCCACUCAAGGCCUUGUUUUCGUGCAUUCUGCACAACUCACAAAACUUAGGAAUUAUGGAUGGUUAACGCUGAUUGAUUCCACUCAUAAAACCAACAAAUACGAUUGGUGUCUUUUCACACUGUAUAUCCAUGAUGGUUAUGGAUGUUGGGACGUCGGGGCACAUUUUUUCAUUAGUAGGGAGGAUGGUGAUACAGUUGCGGAGGCAAUUAAAAUCAUUAGAUCUAAUUGCCAACAUUGGAUGCCUCGAUAUAUUCUUAUGAACCAAAGCAAUGUUGAAGCUAAUGCAAUCAAAAAAGCUUUUCUGGGCUUGCAGGCUGGUGAACAGGAGUGUGUGGAGGGAGUUGUGAUUGAGUACCAUCUGCAUAAAUCAUAUGGACAGUAUCCCAUAUUGAUU